CAUGCAGAUAGUCUAAAAUCCAUCAGGGGAAACAAAAUACAGUUGUCCCAUUCAUGUAAGUUUGCUGUGUCGGUGCAGAAAUGCAGUUUGUGCUGCUGCUCCAGUUGUGCCUUUUGGGACUUGGUCUGUCGGGGGCCAGGCCUGGUAGGAAGUUUCUGAUGAUGUUUCCCCCUCAUAAUGACCCAACAGCAAAUAUUAGCCAUCAAGUAACAAUCACAGCCACUGGUGUUCAGUGGACCUCAGUCACUGUGGAGGUUCUGGAAAGCAACUUCAUGCAACACAUCGUCCUCGGUGCUAGCAAGUCAAAGACCAUUCACCUGCCAUUGUCUGUGGGGCUGACAGGUGAUCGCUCCUCCUACCUCCUCAGUGUGACGUCUAUAAGGCCUGUUACGGUUCUUGCCUCAUUCUGUACCCAUAUAGGUUGUGACCACAGCCUCCUUCAUGACGUGUCCUCCUGGGGGACAACCUACUACCCCAUUACUCCUCACUUCCCUAACCAGACGGCUGUCAGCCAGAUGGUGAUCACAAGCUCAGACCACAAGACAUCGGUGGAUAUCUUCCUCUCGGGGGAAGUGCUCUUUAAAGGCAGUGUGUACCCCAGGGGUAGUGUCCUCAAGUUGCAUAUAGAGGUGCUGCAGAGUGUUUACCUCCAGAGCAACUCCAGCCUCUCUGGCUCAGAGUUAAACUCGCAAGAAGCUGUAGGUGUUGUGGUUGGUUUUACCUGCUCCAAACACACACGUGGGGAUUGCUUGUAUGGAUUUGCUGAAUUGAAAGCAGUCUCUCACUGGAGUUUUGGUUAUGUUAUCCCUCCCUUGGUAAACACAAGAAUGAGUUCCAGUUUCCUGUUGGCAAUGGCUGCUAUCAGCUCUUACAUAGAUGUCACCACCAGCACCGGGCAAAAGAGCGUGUCUCUUGUUGGUGGUAAAAUGAAGGUCAUCCCAGUUUUGACCUCAGAUAAAAUCCACAUUACUAGUGACAGUCCUCUUCAACUUGUUUACUUCAGACAUGACAAUGCAUUGUGUCCUUCAACUCUAACAGUUCUGCCAUCUGUUGAUGAUAUCUGUCAGACUGUACCUAUGUUUGAGUCAGGUGAUAUGAGUGAGCAGCGAGAUAACAGUACUCACACAGGGAAUUAUGAGUCUGGUGUUGAAUUCUCCCAGAAGCCCGAGGUUGCUCAGCUGCCUGAUAAUGCAGAGCCCAGUUCUCCUCUCAAAGACACAGGUGUGGGACACCUUUUGAGUACCAUGAACAGACGACUAUAUCCAGCAGUAUGUGAGAGAACAACUAAUUCUUGUGAAGAUUGGCGCUGUCAUCACAAACGGAAGUGCCUUAUCAAAGAUGGAAAACCACUCUGUUCUUUGGAAACUAAAAUAUGCUCUGCAUGGGGUGACUCUUAUUACCGCACCUUCGGUGGAAGAGAUUUUGUCUUACAGGGAAACUGUAACUACACUUUAGUUCAAACUGCCUGUCCAGGCUUAAAUGCUUCUGUUCCACUACAGGUUAAUAUAGCCAGAGCAUAUUUGAACAGUGUCUCCACCAUCCACAUGGUGCAGAUAACCAUCCAGGGCUUUAAUAUCUCUAUAGUUAAAGGAGACAAAAAUCAUGUUAGGAUUAACGGACUGAAGAGAAACCUGCCCCUCACCCUGGGGAAUGGGUCCCUGCAGUUUUAUCCAAGUGGCUUCAAUGUCGUCUUAGAAACUACCUUUGGCCUGACUCUCCAGUAUGACUGGGAACACAAUCUCCAGGUUGAAGCUGCCCCAGAGCUGUAUGGAAUCCUAUGCGGUUUGUGUGGAAAGGCUAAUUGCAGCUCUUCGGAUGAUGUAAUUGCUUCUAAAGACACUGACAAGACUAAAACUGUGGAUUUUAUCCUCCCAUGGGUGGUGGACAGUGUUUCUGGCUCCUGUAUUGAGGAGUGCAGUGGUGGUGUCUCAUGUCCAGUGUGCACUCAAAGCCAAACCAAAUCUUUUCCUGGUGUCAAAAGCAGUUCCCGCAUGAUUGGAUGCACUCUUCUGCAGAGGAGCGUUGGACCUUUUGCACAUUGCCACGCAUAUAUUGAUCCUGAGCCUUACUUUCGUAGCUGUGUUAACAAUUUGUGCGUUACAGAAACUGCCUCUUCUGUGUGCAAUGUCUUGACUGCCUAUGCCAACAUCUGCCAGAGGCUUGGGGCCAGAGUGCAAAACUGGAGAACCAUAGCCAAGUGCUCUGUGGCAUGUCCUAUGAACAGCCACUAUGAGAUCUGUGGUUCUGCCUGCCCUGCUACCUGCGGUAACCCAGAGGCCCAUCGUAAUUGCACCCUGCCCUGUGUGGAGACAUGCCAAUGCAACAGGGGCUUUCUGCUGAGUGGUGGGAACUGUGUACCACAUAGCAAGUGUGGUUGUUAUCAUCAAGGUUCCUACUAUCUCCCCAAGGAGAACUUCUGGAUUGAUGGACAGUGCCAGGAGAAGUGUGUCUGCCAGCCUAACUCCAAGAUAGUUAUGUGUGCUCCGUCUCAUUGCCAGGAUGGUAAAGUGUGCAAGGUUCUGAAUGGAGUCCUGGGUUGUCACAUGGAUGAUACUGGGUUGUGCAUAGCCAAAGGAGAUCCUCAUUAUACUACCUUUGAUGGGCGUAACUUUGACAUCUACGGCAACUGUACUUACCUACUCACCUCUCACUGUCCCACCUGGGGUGACCUAGAUGACUUUAGUGUGGAGGUCCAGAACCAGAUGAGGGAUGCUACAAAUGUUUCCUUUUGGCGUGUUAAAAUGGUGGUUUCUGGUUAUUCCAUUGAGAUGUUGCAUGAUUGGACUAACAGAGUUAAGGUAAAUGGUCUGCUACUGCGUCUUCCAUCUGUGUUGAACCAAGGCAAAGUAAAGCUCUACAUGACUGGUCUCGCAAAGUGUAUAGAGACUGACUUUGGCGUUAUUGUGACGCACCGCCCUGAUGUCCUGACCGUUCGAAUGCCAAGGAUCUUCUCUGGUAAUCUCUGUGGUUUGUGUGGGAACUUUAAUGCUAAUCCAGAAGAUGAUUUGAUGACAGACGACAAAUCUGAUAUAUCUCAGGCCAUUAGAUACUGGCAAAUCAGCAGUGAACAUGAAUGUGUGGAUUUGCCUACGAACACCUCGGGUUGCAGUUCGCAAGAUAUGGUUCUUUAUCAGGGAAAAGAUUACUGUGGACGGUUACUGGAUACAGAAGGAGCAUUCCAGAGCUGCCACAAAACAGUUGAUCCACAAGAUUUCUACGAUAACUGUGUUCAUGACCUCUGUUACAAUAACCAGACUACCCUGUGUCUGAUUCUGUCCAGCUAUGUGUCUGUAUGUCAAGAAAUGGGAGCUAUAGUGGAUGAAUGGAGGGCUUCCAACUUUUGUGAUCUCUCCUGUCCACCUAAUAGUGAAUACCACCUAUGCUCCAGUCACACAUCUGACUGUGUAGAAAACCCAAGUCCUCAAGCAAUGAAAUGCAAAGAGGGCUGUGACUGCAACCCUGGUUUUUUUCACAGUGGUGGGGAAUGUGUACCAAACCCUGAGUGUGGCUGCAUUUACAGUGAUGUUUACCAUGAAAUCCAUGAGCACUUCUACCCCGAUGAGCUCUGUCAGCUGCACUGUGUCUGUGUGAGCCACAACAAAAUGCAAUGUAAAAACCACACAUGUCCAAAUGGAACAAAAUGUGCCAUCCAAGAUGGCCACAGGGCAUGUCAUGCAUCAGAGCCUGUUAAAUGUGCAGUCAUGGGUGGCACACACUUCAGGAGGUAUGAUGGACAUAGCUUUGACUUUAAUAUGGGAAGCUGCCGUUAUGUUCUUUCCCAGGUUUGUGAGGAGGAAGAGUCUGACCCAACUGUUGUUAUUCAGCGAGGACAGCUGUAUCUCAGGGUCCAUGGAGUAAACAUGUCAUUAGAGUUUGAGCAUUUGGGAAAAGUAAAGAUUGAUGGUGUUUUGUGGGGUCUUCCCAUCCAGCUGGAUCACAUGGCAAUACUGCGUUCGGGCUCGCUGACUCGUGGUGUUUUAGCCACUGGAGUUGUUGUCACUUAUGGAGGGCCUAACCUGAUCCAAAUAGUGAUUCCUGCCUCCCAUAGAAAAAUGUGUGGCUUGUGUGGAACCAUCAGUGCUGUUAAUACAGAUGACAAACACCGCCCAAAUGGCAGCAUUGCAAGUGAUGUUUCCAUCUUUGCAUCUUCCUGGUCACUUUCGCCACUGGGAACAAACUGCUCAGAAGAAUCUGAUCUCUGCUCAGCAUGCAACUCUACCAUGGCAGCUGAAUUAGCAUCUGAUAACCUCUGUGGCAUACUGCUUGCUCCUGCAAAAGCAUUUAGUGGAUGCCUCACCACUGUGGACCCACAGCCUUUCUUUCAGAACUGUGUGAAUGACUUGUGUAUGUCUAAUGGGAAUCAUGACUUGUUUUGCAGUAGUUUGAGGGCAUACACUUUUGCAUGCCAGGAGGCAGGAGCUAAGGUCAAACCAUGGAGGGGUGAGAAGUGCUCGCUUCCAUGCCCUGAAAACUCUCACUACAAUAUAUGCGUCAGUGCAUGCCCUGAGUCCUGUGGUACUCCAUCUGAUGUCCCCUGCCCGUGGGGCUGUUAUGAGGGAUGUCAAUGUGACUCUGGAUACAUGCAGAGUGGAAAUGGCUGCACCAAAGCUGAGAAAUGUGGUUGCUUCUACCAUGGGCACUACUAUGAGAUUGGUGAGGUGUCUUGGGCUGAGGGAUGCUCUGAGCGGUGUAACUGCUCUGCCACUGCCACCGCCACCAUGUUCUGUGAGCCAGCCUCUUGCCCUGAGGGAGAAAGCUGCACCCUUAACAAUACCUGGGGCUGUGCAAGGAAAGCUGAUAAUUCUAAAACCUGUGAGAAUAGAGAAACUUGUGGUGUCCAACCUCAGCAAACCCAGUGUUGGGUCCUUGGCGGUGCCCACUUCUACACUUUUGAUGGAAAAGUGUUUGAAUUCCAAGGAAACUGUACCUACACUCUGAUCCAUAUGAUUGACAAUAAAACAUUAUGGGUCGGUGUACAGAAAGACAGGACCCACAACGAGGCUUCCUCUCUGAAAGCUAUUCAUGUCAAAGUGGCUAAAGACAAUAUUACUAUCUACAGAGGGAAAAAAGACUCUGCUUGGGUAAAUGGCGAGAAAAGGCUACUGCCUGUGACUCUACAGUUUGGACUCAUUAAAAUUUAUCAAAGUGGUAUUUUUGUUGUUGUGGAUAUAAGUCUGGGCGUCCAAAUUAAGUAUGACUGCUCUCAUAUUGCCGCUAUCCUCCUCUCCAAUACAACAGAAGUCUGUGGUAUGUGUGGGAAUAAUAAUGGCAUCGAAGAAGAUGACCUCAAGACCCCAGAGGGUGAGGCUGUUGAUGCUACCACCUUUGGCUGGAGCUGGAGAGUUCCUGAUCAGGAAGCUCAGUGUACAGCAGACUGUGGUGAUGCAUGCCCACACUGUUCUGCUGAACAGAUACAAAAUGUAGCCAGUCCAUGGAUCUACCUGCAUGAGUACAUUUGGUCAACACAAAAUCUAUUCUACCUGUGCCGGGAAGCUGUUGACUACACUAUAAUCUCAACAGCAGUGAGCAUAUUUGAUCUGUGCUCUAAUGAUGACCCUCAGAAGGCCCUCUGCCUGAUCUUGGAGGUCUAUGCUGCUGCCUGCCAAAAUGCCGGGAUCCAGAUGGGAGAGUGGAGGAGUAACACCUUCUGCCCCAUGUCAUGCCCACAGAAUAGCUAUUAUAAGUCCUGUGGCACAGCCUGCCCUGCCACCUGUGAGGACCCAUUCAGUUCAAGACCCUGCAUCCUGCUUUGUGUGGAGACCUGCCAGUGUGACCCAGGGUUCGUCCUGGAAGGUGACACGUGCGUCCCCUUGUCCCAGUGUGGCUGCUUUCACAAUGGUUUCCGUUAUCACAGCAACCAGACCUUCUGGGCUGAUGAGGGAUGCACUGAACAGUGUGUUUGUGACCCUCACACCCAACAGACGCUAUGCCAUUCGGAUUCUUGCAGCCCAGAUGAAUACUGCGACCUUCAAGAUGGAGUCAGAGGCUGUGUGUCGUACCCCCAUCAGACAUGCAUGUACACUGGUCAUCACAUAGUCACCUUUGACCAGCAUGACUAUGAUUUCCAUGGCACCUGUCGGUAUCAGUUAGUGGGCCUGUGUGGACAGAAGCAAGGCCUUGAUGCCAUUCAGGUUUAUGUACAGACAGAUGGACACCUCGAGUCAGCACUUCAUGUCCUGGUCAAUGUGAGUGGCGUGCUUGUAAAGUUAAACAGCAAAAACACUGAGAAUAUAGAGGUUGAUGGUGUCAAGAGGAGCAUGCCUUAUCACUUCAGCCUUGCUGCAUUGGUUUUCUCUUUGGGGCUGCACACUUACAUCUACACAGACAUGGGCUUUGAAUUUAGUCUCAGUGUGGAGGGCAUAGUGGGCAUUAGUCUCUCCACUAAAUAUGCUAAUGCUACUUGUGGCCUAUGUGGUAACUUCAAUUCUGAUCCUGCUGAUGACCUGACAGCAAAUGGCACACAAGAGCAUCUCAGUCCUGAGCAUUUUGGUAAAGCUUGGAGAAGUGGGCAGAAUCUUUGGUGUGUGGAGGGCUGUCUAGGAGGAAGUUGUCCAAAAUGUUCAUCUGAGAGUCUGUCCCGCCUCUCUGACCCGGAGGCUUGCGGGAAGAUUCUGGAAGUUAAUGGACCAUUCAGACACUGUCAUGGCAAAGUGGACCCCUCCAGCUUUUACAAGCGCUGCAUCAGUGACCUGUGUCUUCAUGGAGGUCUCCAGCCUGCACUGUGUCGCUCCCUAGCAGAGUAUACUGCUGUCUGCCUUUCCCACAAGGCUACAGUUUAUGCCUGGAGGAGUCCUGGACUCUGCUACCCGUCAUGUCCCUCCAGUACCAGUUACAAUGUGAGCUCUGCUUCUGUUCACCUCUGCCUCAGCUGGCAGAAUAACACAGUAGAGAUGCCCCUAAACACUGGGGAGAGCUGCCUCUGCAAAGGAGGUUUAGUCCACAGUGGCAACCUCUGUGUCUUUCCAGAAAACUGUGGCUGCUUUCAACAUGGAGAAUACCUCAGGGCAGGACAGGAGGUGUCAACAUGCGAACAAAGCUGUUUAUGCCAUGCUGGGGGACACGUGUCUUGUCGUAAUGUCUCCUGUGGCGAGGAUGAGGAAUGUAAGCUUAUUAGGGGUGUUCAAGGCUGCCACCCCAAACCCAAAGUGGCACACUGCUCUGUUGAUGGAUCUCAAUAUACCACAUUUGAUGGACAUGCAUUUGAAUUUCAUGGUUCAUGUCACUACACCUUGGUGCAGACAUGCUCUCUCAAGAAACUGAAUGUGGAGCCUGUUUUGAUAGCUACACAGGGGAACCAUGGUCAGGGCAGUGAAAUCUACUUGCAAGUCAAUAAAAUGUAUUUUAAGACAUCAGCAGCUUUUCCUGGAAAAAUUCAGGUAAAUGGAGUGUACGAGAACCUGCCGUUCUCACAGAGCAACGUCACUGUGCAUCAGAAUAAUGGAUGGAUAACCAUCAAGACCCCACAGUCAGUUGAGCUUGUAUCUGACCUACAAAACCACAUUCUGGUCAAGAUACCUGACAUUUAUCACCAGACAACCUGCGGCCUGUGUGGGAACUACAAUGAUGAUCCCUCAGAUGACUUGCAGCUACCCAAUGGCACUUUGAUCUCUGAUCCUGACAGCUUUGGGUUGUCAUGGAAGUUGUCUGAUAUUGAGUCAUCCUGCAACGAUACAUGUGACAAUACAUGUGACAGUACCUGUCAACUCUGCCAGUCCCCUGUGCCAGAGUACACCUCUGACCUGUACUGUGGCCUUAUCACCCAUCCCAACGGACCCUUCUCCUCUUGUCAGCAUUUAGUGUGCCCACAGAAAUACUACUCCCGCUGCAUGAAAAACCUUUGUGUUGCAGAGGGACAACUCUGGGCCCUGUGUGACGCGCUGUGGGCCUACGAAGCAGCAUGUAAGGAUGCAGGAGGGGUGGUUGACCUCUGGACGAACACUACAGGUUGUGCUCAUCAAUGUCCUAAAUUCAGUCACUAUAGCCAGUGUGCCAAUGCUUGCUCCUCACUGUGUCCUGAGAUAAUCCAGGCAGUGCAGUGCCCCAGGGACUGUGAGGAAGGUUGCCAGUGUAAUACUGGGCACCUUUAUGAUGGCCAUGCCUGUGUACCAGCAGAGCAGUGUGGUUGCAUACAGGGCGGGAGGAGGUUUAAGGCCUCUGAGAGCAAACUGCUUCAGAACUGUACUAUUAACUGCACCUGUGGGCCUCCUCUUGUCUGUGAGCAAUACUCAUGUCCUCCACUGCACAGUUGUAUGGUUUCUGAUGGAAUUGUGGGUUGCCACAAGGAUGCACAGCAAAACUUAGAUCCAUGUGAGGGAAACUGUGAUAAAACAGAGAAAUGCUACCUGAGGAAUGGUGUGCCGGUCUGUGAAAGCCGCCAGGGUUUGUGUUGGGCCUGGGGAGGCCAGCACUACCACACCUUCGAUGGGCACGACUAUGACUUUAAUGGUACCUGUACCUAUCUGCUCGCUGCAAGCAAAGGGUCCGCAUGUGGUCUGACACCCUUUAGUGUGUCAAUAAAGAAUGACUGUGUAGAGGAUGCAGCCAAUCUGCUUUCAAUGCAGUCGGUCACUUUACAAGCUUAUGGGUUCAUCAUCAAGCUCAGGGACAAUGGCAGCAUACAUGUUAAUGGUCAAGUGACUUAUAUUCCUGUUAAUCUGUUGCGGGGUAAGAUUCAGGUCUCUUACAAGGAAGGCAAAUCUCUACUGAAAACUGACUUUGGUAUGCGUGUAGUCUUUGAUGGGAACUCCUCUGUUGUUGUUACACUGGACCCACGCUACAAGGACAAAGUCUAUGGGCUGUGUGACAAUUUCAACGGAAAUCCACUAGAGUAUCCUGUAACUACGCCUGGUUCUCCUCCCAUUAAGACAAGUGUGGAGUUUGCUCAGACUUACCGGCUCUUUGAUGGGGACCAUAACUGUUGUACUGGCUGUGAAUGGAAAUUGCAUGAUCCCACCUUGCCCUUAGAUCCUGAUUCUGACAUUGUUUCUAGUUACAAGAGACAGUGUGCAGUGCUCAGUGAUCAGAACGGUCCGUUCACCCACUGUCAUAGUCGAGUCAAUCCAGAUUCCUUUUAUGAACAUUGUGUAGUUGACCACAUGCAUAAUGGAGAGUCAAAAGUUGCUCUUCACCAAGCCAUACAUUCAUAUUCCAUAGUUUGUGAAGAAUCUGAUAGCUACCACAGUGAAGUGACAGUUGAUGUGCACUGUCCACCAAACAGCCACUUCAAGACAUGUGGCUCAGCCUGUCCUCCAUCCUGUGAAUCUAAUGCCACCACCUGUAAUAAGGCCUGUGUUCAGGGCUGUUUCUGUAACCCUGGGUUCUUGAGGAGUCCAACUGGCUGUGUGCGUCUAAAUCAGUGUGGCUGCACCGACUCCAGAAGCAAAUACUACAGCCUGAACUCCACUUUCUGGGCACCAGACAACUGUGGCCAGCUCUGUGUCUGUGGGCCGGCUCCUGGAGAGGUCCACUGCCGUCCCACCCAGUGCCCCAGAGGAACGAUCUGCACGCAGCUAUAUCACAAGAGGGUGUGUCAACCUGAAAAACCUCAGAACUGUACCAUUGUUACUGGGCUACAUUUUAUGACCUUUGAUGGAUAUCAUUUUGACUUAAGAGACAGUUGUUCCUAUUCAUUGGUUCAAACUAACUCCAACUUGACUGGACUAACCCCAUUCAGUGUCACUAUCUCUGAUGCAAGCUGUCGCAAAAGGCUUUUUCAUAGCCUUAACUUAACACUCAAAAUCUAUGGUUUGGAGGUGGCAGUGAGAAAAGAUGAACCAGGAAAGGUUUGGUUUGAUGAGCUGAAUAAGACCUUGCCAUACUCUUACGAAAAAGGUCGUGUAAAGUCCUACCGAACACCUUCAUCUCUCGUCAUUCACACUGAUGUGGGAUUACAGCUGAUCGUCUACAACACUGGCACUAUAAUGGUUAUCCUCCCCAGCAGUUACAGUUCUUCUGUCUCAGGUCUUUGUGGGAAUGCCAACUCUGACCCUGAUGAUGACCAAAUGAUGCCGGAUGGAGAGCUGGCCCAAAACAAACUGGAGUCUGCCCACAGCUGGAGGUCUCUGGGAGCAGAGGCCUGUAGGCCUAAGUGUUCCUUCACACUGAAGCAUUGUCCUGUUGAGGCACAGAAGCUUUUUGAAGGCAGUGAUUUUUGUGGGGUGUUGUUAAAUGAAUUGGGGCCAUUUGCGGAGUGUGCCUCAGUGUUAAGUCCCAAGCAUUACUUCCAUAGCUGUGUAGCAGAUUCCUGCUCCUAUGACGGUCACUACUCAGCACUCUGCAAUUCCAUUUCAUCUUAUGUAACAGCCUGCCAAGCAGUCCAGCUGCCAGUCCGGCAGUGGAGGACUGACACUUUCUGUGGUAUGUUGUGCCCUAAGAAUAGCCACUAUGAGCUGUGUGGCCCUCGAUGUCCUAUUGUGUGCCCUGGACUGUCCUCUCCAGCAAACUGUAGUGGAGGUUGUGAGGAGGGCUGCCAGUGUGACCCUGGCUACGUCCUGAGUGAUGGCCAGUGUGUGCUGGUUUCUGACUGUGGCUGCAUGCAUGAGGGACAGUAUCACUCUGCUGGCCACUUUAAUUCUGAGAAAAGCUGCCAAAAGUGUAACUGUGAAAGAGGACAAGUGACCUGCAUCCCCAUAGAAAGCUGUUCAGUAAAAGAAGGCCUUUCCCUGCAGUAUGGAGUGUGCCAAGUAUUUGCUGGCUUUGGCUACAUCACUUUUGAUGGCGUUAUUUUGCCUCACCACGGAGCUUGUACCUAUGUAAUGUCAGCCCUCUCCUCUAAAGACAUGCAUGACUAUACUCUGCUACUUAGCUUUAAAAAGAAAAGUAAUGGUAUUUUCUCAAUAAGCAGACUGGUAUUUCGUGUGCUUUCACUGGAAGUGUCCAUUGACCCUGAAACUCUAUGGAAAAUCCAAGUAAACAGAGAAGAACGCAGAGUUCCUUUUGACAAUGGAGAACUUGAAGCAUACCAAGUUGGCAACAGGCUGAUUAUCACCACUCUAUCCGGGGUAGGAAUUGACUUGUCCUCUACCCAGUACCUCAGGUUAACUCUACCACAGAUACAUGACGGCACAGCUUCGGGCCUCUGUGGGAACUUCAAUGGGGACAGGUAUGAUGACUUGGAAUUGAGAAAUGGUAAUCUUACCAAAGAGUUUGAGGAGGUCCUGCACAGCUGGGCAGAAGUAGCUCCUGGACAGCAUUGCACUGACACUUGUGGGAGAGAGUGUGAUGACUGCACCCUGUCCACACAUGACCGCAUGGUCUGUGAUGUCCUGUUGAUGAAUAGUAUUGAAUUCAACACUUGUUGGAACAGUGGUGUGGAGCGCGAUAUUUACGUAAGUAUGUGCAUCCGGGCACUUUGUACUGGGGCAGGGCACAUGGCUGCAUGUCUAGCACUGGAAGCAUAUUCUGCAGCCUGCCAGGCUAAAGGAAUACCAGUAGGGCCGUGGAGAAAGAACACUUCUUGCGCUUUGCAGUGUCAUGACCGGAGCAGCCCGGAGGAGUGUGUUGACUCUAGCUCAAACUCGUGCCCUGCUCUGCUCCAGCCUGGUUCAGCAACUGGCUGUUCAGAAGGCUGCCAGUGCCACCAUGGGAAUGUGUUUGAUGGGGGCGAGUGUGUACCUUACAGUCAAUGUGGGUGUGUUCUUCAUGAUAAAUAUAUUAAGACAGAUGAGCAACUGUACUCUGACGACUGCACCCAGAGAUGCUGGUGCCACCCUUUGAGCGGGGUGAUAUGUGAGGAGACAGGCUGCAGUCAAGGGCAGCAGUGUGCUCUGAGGAACGGUUUCUGGGGCUGUCAUGACAGACCUGAAGCUUGUGAGCUCAGGGACAGCCUCCAUGUCUCCACAUUCAGUGGGCAGCAGCUGGACUUGGAACCUCGGUUAUUUUAUAGCUUGAUGUCCCUCUGUGAUGAGGCCAGUGUGCAGUGGUUCAGCGUGAUCUCUUACCAUGGACCUUGUGAUGGCAACUCUUCCAGGCUUGUCACUGAGUUUCAAAUCCUCCUGCAUGGAUCAUCAUUUGCCAUACAGGGUGGCAUAGUGAAGGUAAAUGGACACAUUGUGUCCCUCCCUCACAUUGUGCCAUCAGGUGUGUCCCUGACAUCUGGUGUGAACCAGGACAAGUCAGAGGUCAUAGUGAUCCUGAGGAGAGAUGCUGGGAUGGAGUCGGAGUUGAAGAUGGAGAUUGGUGUUACCAUGGUGACAGUCAGGAUUCCUCUCUGGUACUCUGGGAAAUUGUGUGGUCUCUGUGGAAACCUUAAUGACCUCCACUCUAACAAUUCAGUCAGGUCAUGGGUUCUCCCUGACUUUCCUGCCAUGGGGACCCUGUUGCUGCUUUGUGCUUUGGGGGCUUUAUUCAGCUGUCCAUCUAGCGCUGGAUGGGCAGGGAGGGAGUUUGUCUUGUCAUUCAUGCAGAAUUAUGCUCCUCACUACGACAGUCCUCGCUUUCAGCUCUACAUCACGGCUGUUCAGGCCAAUGCUAAAGUGACAGUGCAAGUUCCUCCUAUAAACUUCAAGCAAGAGAAAACUCUCAAUGCUGGAGAGACGGUCACCAUCAGUCUCCCCACUAAUAUUGAAAUGUACGGCAGCAAGAAAUCUCCCAACACAGUGCGCAUUGAAGCCUCGGCUGAUGUGACCGUAACUUCCUUCAACUACAAGCUGUACACAGCAGACACCUCUGUGGUGUAUCCCACCACUGAAUGGGGCACAGAAUAUUUCAUCUUUACACCUGCUGGAACCCCUUAUGGCUCCUAUAAAGAGUUCUCUGUGACAAAUGGGAAAGAGAGCAACAAAGUGGAGAUUUUCCCACAAGGCCCAAUCAAGUUCCAGAGUCGUGUCUAUGGGCCAGGCAACCAAAUGGUACUAGAUCUCCAACCUUAUGAAAGUGUCCAGCUCCAGAGUGUGUAUGAACUUUCUGGCACCAGAGUUACCUCCCAGCGCCCUGUUGCUGUAGUCACGGGUCACACGUGCACCUGGCGCUUCUCGAAAUGUAAUCACGUUUAUGAGCAGCUACUGCCAGUAAGCAGGUGGGGAUCCAGCUUCAUUGUGCCUCCCCUGAGCUUCCAGAAGAGAUAUGACAGUGUCUACAUCCAGGCCUCCCAGACCACCCGAGUCACUGUCCAAUACGGCAACCGCGAAGAUGUCCUGAGUCUGACCACGGGGCAAGUAAUGGAGCUCCGCUACCAUGAUCCUGAAACACUGUCCAUUCAGGCUGAUCAUGGCAUUCAGGUCCUCUUGCUUUUCAACGGUGUCGCACUGAGCUGGCUCCAAUUCUAUGACCCUUUCUUGAUGACCAUCCUUCCCACAGACCGUUUCUGCUCCUCUUACUCUCUAGAGGCUCUGGAGGGCUUUGAAAACCAAGCCCUGAUUGUGGCACAGACCAGUGCAAUGGCAGAGUUGCGUAUUGAUAGUACGAACUUGCCCCGUGAUGUCCAGUGGAAAAAGGUUGCAGGGACAGAUUUCUCUUGGGCGCUGAUGCCCUACAAACAAACCCCUGGCAACAAUCGACACACACUGUCCAGCUCUGGUUCCCGCUUUGGUCUCUACAGUUUGGGAGUCAGCCAGAUGAAUGGUUAUGGUUCCCCAGGACAAUGUAUCCAGCCAGGAAGUGGAUCUUUGUCCUGCAGCACUAUCACCUGCAGUGCCAGUGAGGUGUGUGAAAUGAGGGGUGGGUAUCCCUCCUGUGUCCCCAAGCCAGUGGAGAGCAAACCUGGUACCUGCUCGGCCAUGGGAGAUCCCCAUUACCGUACCUUUGACGGGCGAUAUUAUAACUUCAUGGGUACCUGCACAUAUGUUAUUGCUAAAAACUGUGGAAAAGAUGAUAAUCUCCCAGCCUUUGAGGUCCUUGCCCAGAAUGAGAACAGAGGAAAUCUCAGGGUGUCAUAUGUUGCCCUGGUCACAGUGAAGGUGUAUGGUGUCACCAUCACAAUAGCUAGGUCUGAGACAGGUCGUGUGAGGAUUGACAACAGUCUGUGGAGUUUGCCAGUAUUCCUGAACAACAACAAACUAGUUAUGUUUCAGAGCGGUCGCUCUGUCGUCAUUGAGACUGAUUUUGGUCUGACUGUCCGUUAUGACUGGGAACACUAUCUUGUGAUCAAUCUGUCUGGCAGUUACGCGGGUAAGACUUGUGGUCUCUGUGGCAACUUCAAUGGCAACCCCAGAGAUGAUUUCACCACACCCUCCGGCACCCAGGCAGGUGGGGCUGUGGCCUUUGGAAGCAGCUGGAAGGUGCCAGGCCUUGUGAAAGAUGCUCCGUGCAGAGAUGACUGUGUGGGUGGGUGUGAGCGCUGCGAACACAGCCUGAUGAAGAUGUGGGAGGGUAACUUGUUUUGUGGGCUCAUCACACUUAUAAUAAAUGGCCCAUUCAGCAAAUGUCAUGCCGUCAUUGACCCACAAGCAUACCUGGAGAACUGUAAAUAUGAUGUAUGCAUGGGAGGCGGCCUUCGACAUUUCCUCUGCAGGGCUCUGGAGGCUUACACUGAAGCCUGCCAGCUUGCUGGGAUCCAGGUCCAAGACUGGAGGAUGAUUGCACGAUGCCCUGCUGACUGUCCAGCCAACAGCCACUAUGAGCUUUGUGGCAAUGCCUGUCCUGCCACUUGUUCUGACCCUGAUGCUCCUUCCAAAUGCAAACGCAGCUGUGUGGAGACCUGCACCUGUAACGCAGGCUUUGUUCUGAGCGGAAGCCAGUGUGUGCCCGCUGCCCAGUGUGGUUGUACGUACGAGGGUCGAUACAUCCCUGCUGGGGAGUCAUUCUGGGCUGACCAGGGCUGCCGGCGACUGUGUAAAUGCUUAGCUGGAAGCAGACGUGUGGAGUGCCAGGAUAAAGGAUGCGGGGCAGGGCAGCAGUGCAACGUGGUUGAGGGCAUAAGGAAGUGCCAAGCAAUCUCCCACAGCACUUGCCAGGCCACCGGUGACCCCCAUUACGUGACCUUUGACAAGAGGAGGUUUAACUUCCAGGGCACAUGUGUGUACCAACUGGUUGCACUUUGCUCCAAGAACCCAGAUUUGGUGCCCUUUGAAGUGUUGGUGCAGAAUGAUCACCGGGGCAGUAAGGUGGUUUCCUACACCAAGUUAGUGGAGAUCAAGGUGUACUCCCUCAGCAUUGUCGUUUCAAAGACGUACAAGGGCAUGAUUAUGGUGAAUAAUGAGCUGGUCAACCUGCCUGUAACCCUGGAUGGAGGCCAGGUAUCUGUGUAUAAGAGCGGCUGGUACGCUGUAGUUACCACUAACUUUGGCCUCAAAGUGUCCUUCAACUGGGAAAGUGCCGUUUUUGUAACACUGCCAAGCAAUUACAUGGGAGCCGUUUGUGGCCUCUGUGGCAACUAUAACGGCAAACCUCAGGAUGACCUGAUUCCAAAGAAUAGUGGCAAACCUGUCUCACCAGCAGAAUUUGGUACCAGCUGGCGAGUGGCGGAGAUCCCAGGCUGUGUCGAAGGCUGUAAAGGGGUGUGUCCUGAUUGUGACAUUACCCAGAAGGUUCAGUACGAAAAAGGAGAUUUCUGUGGUAUUUUGACAGACCCAAAAGGUCCGUUCCGUGAUUGCCAUGCCAAGGUGGACCCAGCUGGCUACUUUGAAGAUUGUGUUUAUGAUGUGUGCCUGUAUAAGGGCAGAAAGGAUGUGCUGUGUCAGGCUAUUACAUCGUACACCUCUGCCUGCCAGGCUGUGGGAGCCAAAGUGUACAGCUGGAGAACCAGUCAGUUCUGUGCGGUGAAAUGUCCAGUCCACAGCCACUAUGAAGUCUGUGCAAUGGCCUGUCCUGCCUCAUGCAAGAGCUUGAUCCCUCCUCAAGGAUGCCAGGCUCAGUGUGAGGAGGGAUGUUCCUGUGAUGAAGGGUACAUCCUCAGUGGAGAUCUCUGUGUUCCCUUCUCAGAGUGCGGCUGCCUCCAUGAAGGUCGCUACUACCGCAUUGGCCAAGUGUUUUAUCCUAAUGGACAGUGUCAGGAGGAAUGCAAGUGCACACAAGAUGGAGAGGUUGAGUGCAAGAAGAUUGCAUGUGGCCCAAAUGAGAAGUGUAAAAUAGAGAAUGGCGUCCAAAAAUGUCACCCUGUUGGUAAGGGUGUGUGCCAUGCCUCUGGUGACCCCCAUUACAGCUCUUAUGAUGGGCGAAAAUUUAAUUUCCAGGGCACCUGCACCUACACACUCUCGGAGAGCUGUGGGCUGGAAGGCACCCACCUGGUGGCCUUUUCUGUUCAGGUGGAGAACGUGCAGUGGAACCAGAUAAGGAACAAAGUGGUGUCUGUCACUAAACUGGUUGCUGUGGAGGUCUACGGCUUCACAAUCAUCAUGAGGAAAGACAUGUUUGGGGUCCUGGUAAAUGGAGUGUUUAACUACCUUCCUCUGAAUCUUAAUGAUGGAGCAGUGCAAAUCUAUCAAGAAGGCAUACAUUAUGUUAUUGCAACAAAUUUUGGACUGCUUGUCACUUAUGACCUGGUCUAUCAUGUGACAGUCACAGUACCUGGUAAUUACCGCGGUAAGGUCUGUGGCCUGUGUGGCAACUACAACGGCGAUCAAAAAGACGACUUCGAAAUGCCCAACCGUAAGCUGACCAACAACGUGAAUGCGUUUGGAAAAUCAUGGAAGGUCACCAUCCCUAAUGUGGUGUGUGGAAAUGGCUGUGAAGGGAAUAACUGUCCUGACUGUGAACCGGCUCGCAAGGCUGUGUUUUCAAAGACCACUUACUGUGGUAUUGUUACAGCACCCAAAGGUCCUUUUGCAGACUGCCAUAGUAAACUGAACCCACAGCCAUACUUUGAUGACUGUGUGUUUGAUCUGUGUGCCUCCAACGGUGAUGGAAAGGUGCUGUGUAACAGCAUAGCAGCAUAUGCCUUCAACUGUCACAUGGCAGGAGUGGAUGUCAAAAACUGGAGGACGGCUUCAUUCUGUCCCAUGAAAUGCCCAGCCAACAGUCACUAUGAGGUGUGUGCAGAACCCUGCUCUGCAUCUUGCCAGGGCCUCACAGAGAUUGUCCAGUGCUCCAGCAGCUGUAUAGAAGGCUGCGAAUGUGACGAUGGCUUCUUAUUUAAUGGACAUAUGUGUGUUCAAGAGUCUCAGUGUGGCUGCUAUGAGAAUGGAAAAACUUACAAGCCUGGUGAAGUGGUGUAUGAGAAAGACUGUGACACAAAGUGCACCUGUAAUCCAGCAACAGGCCUUGUCUGUGAAAAGCAUUCGUGCCCUCAAAGCACCAAAUGUAUGGUCAAGAAAGGAAUCAGGGCAUGCUACAACACAGAUCCCUGCAAAGAUGCCAAGUGUCGGGUCAAAGAGAAGUGCCGUGUUGAGAAGGGAGAAGCUGUGUGCGUCCCUGAGUACACAGGCGUCUGCUGGGCCUGGGGUGACCCCCACUAUCACACUUUUGAUGGUUACUACUAUGACUUCCAGGGCACAUGCAAAUAUGUCAUCUCCAAGACAUGCGGGAAUCUGGAUGGUCUAGUGCCAUUCUUAAUCACUGAGAGGAAUGAUAACCGUGGAAACACAGCAGUUUCUUACGUCAGGGAGGUAGAUGUGUCUGUGUACGGGUACACUAUCACCAUCCGUAAGAACGAAGUUGGUCGAGUCACGGUGGAUGGUGAGCUGUUGAAUCUACCUGUGCAACUGGGUGAGGGUGAGGUGUGGGUGCUUCAGCGUGGUCACACUGCAGUGGUAGAGACAAACUUUGGCCUGGUUGUCUCCUACGAUUGGAACUGGGAGUUUAUCAUCAGGCUGCCCAGCAGCUACUACGGCAGUGUCUGUGGUCUGUGUGGCAACUUCAACGGUAACAGCCGCGAUGAGCUGCAGAAUCCAGCUGGCAAAGCUGUCUCCUCAGUGAUAGAGUGGGGCAAGAGCUGGCAAACGCCUGACCAGGACAAAGACCAUCCUUGCUGGGACACAUGUGUGAAAAACUGUCCUACCUGUGACGGUAGCCAGGUUAAGCUCUAUGAGACUGAGGCUUUCUGUGGGGCCCUUGCAGCCAAGACCAAUGGUGUGUUCCAGAAAUGUCAUGGAAAAUUGGACCCUCAGGCCUUCAUGAACAGCUGUGUGUAUGAUAUGUGUUUAAAUAAGGGAGACAAAAAGAUGCUGUGCCAGGCAUUGGCCUCCUACAGUAAGCAAUGUCGUGAGGAAGGAAUAAUAAUCAAGGGGUGGAGGAAAAAGUUUGGCUGCCCGAUGAACUGUCAGCGUCACAGCCACUAUGAAGACUGUGCCAGCCCAUGCCAGCCAUCCUGCCCAUUCCCUGAGCAAAAGCAAACCUGCAAUGGUGUCUGUGUGGAGAGCUGUGUGUGUGAUAAGGGCUACGUCCUCAGCGCUGGUGUCUGUGUGCCUACUAAAACAUGCGGUUGCUCCUAUCAGGGCCGCUACUACCAGCCAGGCCAGCACUUUUGGGAUGAUGAGACUUGCGGCCGCCUAUGCGAGUGUGAUGCGACGCUGGGCAUGGUGACAUGCCGCGAGGCUUCCUGCUCUGCCAACGAGAGGUGCACCGUAGUGGACGGGGAGCGUGCCUGCCGACCCAUCAGUCACGCCACUUGCUCGGCCUCAGGUGACCCACACUACCGGACUUUUGAUGGCCGCAGGUAUGACUUCCAGGGCACAUGUGUAUAUCAGCUGGUGGGACUGUGCUCUCAGAAGACUGGGCUCGCGCCUUUCAAGGUGACUGUGCAGAACGACCACCGGGGAAGCAAGGCUGUGUCCUACACAAGGACUGUCACGCUUACCAUAUAUGGCAUCACCCUUACCAUCAGCAGAGAAUACCCCUACAAGGUCCUGCUCAAUGGGCAGCUUGCUUCGUUACCACUGGCUUACAAUAAUGAGCUGCUCGUGUUUCUCAGCGGCUGGACAGCUGUAGUGGAGACAGUUGCUGGUAUCACCGUGACCUUUGACUGGCGGAGCACAGUGAGCGUUACUCUGCCCAGCAACUACCAGGGCGCAGUCUGCGGACUGUGUGGCAACUACAACGGUAAAGCUCAGGAUGACCUGACCAUGCCGAACGGCCAGACUGCCAAUAAUGGAGCCAAGCUGGGGGAGAGCUGGCAGGUGGCCCUCGUACCAGGCUGUUCAUCAGUCUGCCAAGGGGCAUGGUGCCAGGCCUGUUCAGAAUCCCAGAGGAAAGAGUACCAAGCCCAGAAAUACUGUGGUAUUAUCGCUGACAAAGCAGGGCCUUUCAGAGAUUGUCACAGGCGUGUGGACCCUGCUCCUUACCUGGAGGACUGUGUGUAUGAUGCCUGUCAUUAUCAUGGCCGUCAUGAAUCAGUCUGUGAUGCUGUGGGAGUCUAUGUCUCUGCCUGUCAGAACCUAGGAAUCACCAUCCACUCCUGGAGAAGAGAGAAUUUCUGUCCAAUGGUGUGUCCAGCUAACAGCCACUAUACUCUAUGUGCUACGGGUUGCCCAGCCACCUGUGCCAGUUUAACCUCCCUUACCACGUGCCGCAGGCCCUGUACAGAAGGCUGUGACUGUGACGAGGGCUUCCUGCUGAGCGGGGAUACCUGCGUGCCUGUGAGAGACUGUGGCUGCUCCUAUGAUGGUCAAUACUACAAGAAAGGUGACGUCUUCUACCCUGAAACCGAGUGUGUUGAGCAAUGCGUCUGUGGGGAGAAUGGCGCAGUGUCUUGUCAAAAGGCCAAGUGCCGUCCAGGGGAGACCUGUAAGCUUGUAAAUGGAGUGAAAGGCUGCCACCCUGAGGGGCAAGGCAAGUGUGUGGCUUCCGGUGACCCUCAUUACAUUUCCUUUGAUGGGCGGAGGUUUGAUUUCCAGGGUACCUGUGUCUAUGUAUUGGCCAAGGUUUGUGAUGAUGACAAAGGCUAUCUGACGCCAUUCACUGUAACUCAGGGGAAUGAGAAGUAUGGAAAUGGAAAAGUGGCUGUCACCAAGUCGGUUGCUGUGGCGGUCUAUGGUUUUGUCAUUUACAUCCAGCAGGGAAUGCCAUGGAAAGUCAUUGUGGAUGAUGAACUCCUGAACCUUCCUCUCUCACUGGACAAUGGACGUGUUAGAGUCACCCAGGAAGGUCGCAACAUAAUUGUCCGGACAGACUUUGGACUGAUAGUUCUGUACGACACAGUCUAUUAUGUUGAGGUGGUUGUACCGUCUACAUACCAGGGUAAGAUGUGUGGUCUUUGCGGCAACUACAACAAGAAGGGUGGCGACGACUUCAUACUUCCCGGUGGCAAACAGACAAAGAACGUCGAUGACUUUGGGAAGGCGUGGGUGGUGGACCUGCCUGGGCAUGUGUGUGGGGGCUGUGGAGGCCAGUGUCCAGUAUGUGAGCAGGCCAAGGCCACCAUGUAUGGAAAACCGGACUCUUGUGGCAUCAUGAGUGCACCUAAUGGGCCUUUCAAAGCCUGUCACAGUAAAAUUGACCCAGCAGCAUAUGUGGCUAAUUGCGUGUUUGAUGUUUGUGCUUUGGGUGGCAACAAAGACACCCUUUGUAACAGUGUGCAGGCCUAUGCUUUGGCCUGCCAGAGUGCAGGAGUGACUCUACAGCCAUGGCGGAGCGCCUCCUUCUGUCCUGCUUCCUGCCCUCCACACAGUCACUAUGAGAUGUGUGCCGACACCUGUAGCGGGACCUGUGCCAGCUUUAUUUUCCCAUUUACUUGUUCUGAAAGCUGUUUUGAAGGAUGCCAAUGUGAUGCCGGCUUUGUUUUUGAUGGCAUACAGUGUGUUCCUUUGGACAACUGUGGGUGUGUGCACAAUGGCAGAUAUCUGACGGUGGGCCAAGCAGUGGUGGAGAAAGAUUGUAACUCCAAGUGUGUGUGUCAGGCCUCUGGGCUGGUGAAGUGUGAAAAGCUGUCCUGUGCCAGUGGAGAAGUUUGUGGUGUAAGAGACGGGGUCAGAGGUUGCCACGUCAAAAGGGGCCACUGCAGUGUCAGCCAAGUUGGCCACCUCACAUCCUUUGACGGCAUGUCUGGAGCUAUAGGCGCUAAAGGGGCAUUUGAAGUGGCGUCUCUGUGUGACGAGACUGCUAAGCUUUGGUUCCGUGUAGUUGUGGACGUUAGGGUCUGCAUUAGAGGUGCGUCUCCCACUGUAGCCACCGUGUAUGUGUUCUUCAAGGAAACCACCGUCGCAGUGAACAGCCAACACGUGACAUGGGUAAAUGGCAGGAAAGUGUCUCUUCCCAGCAAAGUGACGAGUGAUGUAUCCGUCCAAAUCUCAGAGAGGACUGUGAUCAUUGAGAGGGCAUCUGCUGUGCGGGUCAUCUACUCAAUUUCACAGGAGGUCACCGUCAUUAUUGACAGUAGCCUGUCCGGUAAAGUGUGCGGUGCCUGUGGCAACUACAAUAACAACUCCAAAGAUGAUAUGAAGACAGCAGAUGGGAAAAUCACCACUGAUGUGUCUGUGAUUGUCAGCUCCUGGAGCGCUGGGGAUUUUUCUAGAUGCGGCCUGUAGAGAUGUUUGCUCGGCUGUGAUAGAAAGCAUCUGGUCUUCAGGAUGAAGAAGAAUGUGAAGUCGUUCAGCUACAGUUGCCUAUUUACAGCCAGUCUCACUCACCACACUUUAGUACUUCCUCUUGAUUCAUGAAAUUGUUUUGGUGGUUUACUGGUGGUCUGGUCCUCUAUUGUUAACCUUGGAGCGAUAGAAAUCCUCCCUCACUCUUGACCAACACCUCCAUCUAGUGGAGGAAGGAAUUACAGCACCUCUUGUCUCUUCUUUUACUCUGUACCUGUCUUAUUAUUCUUGCUUAGUUUAAUAUGUUCUACAAAAUGUGUUCCCCUUACUGUUCUGAGCAAU